CUUCCUGUUCCUGUGGUUGUGUGUUCAAACUCGCAUGUUUAAACCCGCACCUUCAUUUAUUGCUUCUUUGUCAGAUGGACUCUGAAAAAAUGGAGGAUUGGUUGUUUAACCUGGAAACCGAUCUUCAACCUUUUAUGGAGGUUUUGCUUAAAUCGAUCGUGUAUGAAGUUUCAGAAGUUUUCCGGAACAGAAUGUCUGAUUCCGAGGACUCGAUUCAAAACAAACUCCGCAGCAUCUCUCAGAUUCUGGUGAGACGGGCGGUGAUUAAAAUCACACAGUGUGUCCAGGACAGUUUCGGCACCGAAAUAACACAAAUGAAAAAAGAAAACGAGACCCUAAAGGUCAGAUUGCAGUUCUGGGAGAAGGAGUCGGGAGCAGGCGGAGAGCAGGGACAGACAGAUAAUGGAUGCAUGCCUCCCUCUGAAGUCACUGGAGAGAUAAAAGAAGAAAUGGUCACGAAACUGGAGCUGUCAGCGGCUCAGCCUGUCCUCGCUGGGAAGUCAGGUCUGCCUGUGUUGCCCAGUUUCUAUGGCCAGGCUGUGGUUGCUGAGCCUGUCCUUCACCAAGGUUCAGAGGCCACUGUCGAAAGGACUCCUCCUGAACAGCGGCAUAGCGACAAGGAGUUGGGCUCCAAUCGGAUGCAGGAAACAGAGCUCACUCCUGCAGAAGAGAAAAACAAACUCGGUGAGAAGCACACAGAGAGCAGACAGAGUGUCGAGGAUGUGGAUUCUGUACAGAUGAUGAAGCCAGAGCCUGAAAGUGAGAGACAUGGGGUCAUGUUACCUGGCAACUUUACAGACAAGCUUAAUAAUCUUGAUACUAAGAAUGUUGCUGAAAGUUGUAUUGAACUGGAUUCUAUGUCUGUUCAUUGUUACAAAGAGGAGGAACUGAAUGAACUGGGUGUUAUAAAUCCUAUAAAGCUAGAGAAGGAGCCCCACCUGAUUGACACUGCUAAGCAGGACACUGAAGUGAAUAAUGAAGAGAACACAGCUCAGUUUCAGGGCACAAAGCAAGAUCAUUUGGAGCAUUUGCACAGCGAGAAGCCACAGCAAAGCCAGCCGAUCAGACCAGCGCCUUGCUCAGAUAGUAUGGACAAACUGUCAUUACAACACAGACAACAGCAACGUUUUUGUCAAUCCAGCACCUCAAAACCCCACCGAUGCCCCCCGAAACCUUUCGGCUGCACUCAGUGUGAAAAGAGCUUUAGUACAUCGAGCCAGUUAAAAAGUCACCAGCGUCUUCACACAGGAGAGAGACCAUUCAGCUGUAGUGAGUGUGGGAAGAGUUUUAAACACUUAAGCACCUUAAAAACCCACCAGCGCCUUCACACAGGAGAGAAACCAUUCAGCUGUAGUCAGUGUGGGAAGAGUUUUAGUGACUUGGGCAACCUGAAACAGCAUCAGCGUGUUCAUACAGGAGAAAGACCUUUCAGUUGUAAUCAGUGUGGGAAAUCAUUUAGUCAUUUAUGUAACUUAACAAGCCACCAACGCCUUCACACAGGAGAGAAACCAUACCUCUGUAGUCAGUGUGGGAAAAGUUUUAGUCGUUUAGGACACUUAAAAACCCACAAUCUUGUUCACACAGGAGAGAAACCAUUCAGCUGCAGUCAGUGUGGGAAGAGUUUUACACGAUCAAGUGACUUAAAAACACACCAGCGCACACACACCGGAGAGAGAUACAGUUGCAGUCAGUGCGGGAAGAGUUUUAGUUGGCCAAGUGACUUAAAAAUACACCAGCGCAUUCAUACAGGUGAGAAACCAUUCAGCUGCAGUCAGUGUGGGAAGAGAUUUAGUACUCCAAAGGACUUAAAAAGACAUCAGCGCAUUCACACAGGAGAAAGACCAUGCAUCUGUAGUAACUGUGGGAAGAGUUUUAGUGACUUGGGCAAUUUGAAAAAGCACCAGAGCAUUCACACUGGUGAGCGACCAUUCAGUUGUAGUCAGUGUGGGAAGGGAUUUAUUAACUCAAGCAGCUUAAAAAGGCACCAACGCCAUCACACAGGAGAGAAACCAUUCAGCUGUAGUCAGUGUGGGAAAAGUUUUAGUUUGGCAGGUACCUUAAAAACCCACAGUCUCAUUCAUGCAAAAGAGAAACCAUUUAGCUGCGGUCAGUGUGGGAAAAGUUUUACUCGGUCAGGUGAUUUAAAAACACACCAGCGCAUACAUACUGGAGAGAGGUUCAGUUGCAGUCAGUGUGAGAAGAGUUUUAAACACUUAAGCACCUUAAAAACACACCAGCACAUUCACACCGGAGAGAAACCAUUCAGCUGCAGUCAGUGUGGGAAAAGAUUUAGUACGACAAAGGAUUUAAAGAGACACCAACGCAUCCACACAGGAGAGAGACCGUUUAUCUGUAGUCAGUGUGGGAAGUGUUUUGGGGACUUGAGCAACUUGAGAAAGCACCAGCGCAUUCACACUGGAGAAAGACCUUCAGUUGUUAUCAGUGUGGGAAGAGAUAUAAAGACACAGGUACCUUAAAAAUCCCAACAAAGUCAAGUCGGAGAGGAGUUUUCUGCUGUAAUAUCUGAGUGAAAGAUACCAUUAUAUCUGUCCAGGAGAUAAACUAUUCAACUUCAAUGUAGGGAGAGUUCACAGUAAAAAAAAAGUAGCAGCUUAAUUUUUCCUGGUAAAGCAUGUAUGUUUUCUGUUUCUAUUGAGUCGUAAGAAUCUGCAUUGGUUCAAAACCUGGCUUGUGUCAAUAUUUGCAAUUCUUAGGAGCUUCAAAGCAGGAAGUAGGAAGAGAUUUUUGCUGAGCUGUAACGUGUCUGAGACAUUGAUCAAAUUAAUUGUCUGGUUUACUUUGGUUAAUUAAAGUUCUUUAUAUAUCAUUAAGAGUCAUCAACAGUCCAAGAAAACAGGAUAAAAAGAAAAAAGAAUACAGAAGAGAAAAAAGGGUGACAAUAGAGAAAAUGGAUCCUUGUCAGAUCAAUGUUAAGAAACAGAUUCUAGUUAGGUAUCUGAACCUCGUAAGGAGAGCCACUUUUUUGUUUUUGGGAAUUUCUUAUAUUUCCUAUAUAAAGAAUCCCUAUGUUAAAAAGGGUCUCUUCGUUUGUGGCUGCAUUUUUAACAGGGGUAGAAUCCCAUUCACUUUGUAGCAUCUGGAUCUAUAGGGAAAUUUAAUUUCACAUUAUAUAUAGGUCUCUUGUUGGCCUGUGUCGGUGUUAUAGGGUUUUUAAAUACUUGGUUGCUGUCUAAGUUUUUCAUGUUGGUCAGAAUGUAGGUCUAUGAGAUGCCUUGUUUGUAAAUAGAGUAACUGAAGUGUUUUAUGUUGAGUUGUUGUGUGUGUGUGUGUGUGUUAUUGCCAAUAUAAAUAUAAAUUUGUCUAACCUAAUGUGGAUUAUUUAUUUUGCUU